AUGAGCAGCGGGGGUGACGAUAGCGAGCAGCAGGGCGACGAUAGCGAGCACCAGGGCGACGAUAGCGAGCUCCAGGGCGACGAUAGCGAGCAUCAGGGCGACGAUAGCAAGCACCAGGGCGACGAUAGCGAGCAGCGGGGCGAAGCAUCUGUGCGACGGUGGCGAAGCAUCUCGCGUCCCCCUCCAUAUUUAUUCCUCUCCAAUGCCUCCCCCUUUCCGAUCCCUUGCCCGGUCCUCAGCGUCAACUUCUCUUGGGCAGUGCCCUCCCUGUUUUCCUCUCCCUUUCCCCCUGUCCUCCUCUCCCUUUCCCCCUGUCCUCCUCUCGUCCUCCUCUCCCUUUCCCCCUGUCCUCCUCUCCCUUUCCCCUUGUCCUCCUCUCCCUUUCCCCCUAUCCUCCUCUCCCUUUCCCCCUGUCCUCCUCUCCCUUUCCCCCUGUCCUCCUCUCCCUUUCCCCCUGUCCUCCUCUCCAUUUCCCCUGUCCUCCUCUCCAUUUCCCCCUGUCCUCCUCUCCAUUUCCCCCUGUCAUCCUCUCCCUUUCCCCCUGUCCUCCUCUCCCUUUCCCCCAGUCCUCCUCUCCAUUUCCCCCUGUCCUUCUCUCCCUUUCCCCCUGUCCUUCUCUCCCUUUCCCCCUGUCCUUCCCUCCCACCUUUCCUCCCCCUCUCUCACAUCCCUUCCCUUUCCUACUGUCCUCUCCCACCAUUCACGCUUCUCUCAGCCAUCCCUUUCCCCCCUCCCCUGCCCCUCGCCUUCCCCCACUACCGUCCCUUCCCUUUCCACUACGUUCUCUCGUUCAAUUCAGCCAACAGGAGGUUGGGAGGUUUGGGGGAGGGUAGAGAGGGGGAGGGGAGAGGACAGGUGGGUGGAGGAGAGGAUAGGGGGAGAGAGACGACAGGAGAGGAGGCACCGAGGGACCAGACAGGGCAGCAGCCAGCGCAGCAGCAGGGACCAGCCGGACGCACAGGCCGUACAGGCACCUCCUCCCGCAUCCCAGACCUCACCUGCCGCGACGUUGGGCAGACUUUGAUGGUUCUUGUGGAUGUCUCCAUAGCGGAUCCACAGCGGGAGGGGAACGUGCAGCUGGGACGGGCGACCCCCACACAGAUUGGAGUGGCAGCAGCUAGGCGGGUGCAGGAGAAGCUGCGUCACUGGGGGCCGCACUUAGAGGGGUUGCAGCCGGCACCACACUUUUACGCGUGCGUGGCUGAGACCUUUGGCCUACUGAGCGAGCCGUUGCGUCAGUUCCUGGGGCUCUGCGCGAAGAGGAUAGCACAGCGGAGGAGGGAUUGGGGAGGAGGGGAUGACGGAUCAGCACGGAUAUUUGAGACAGGACUCACUACACGUCUCUCCGUGGCACUGCAGCGCGCGCAGGCUCGAUGCAUCUUACAGCAUGCGGUGCGGCAGUUGGGGGGAUCCGACGACGGAUGGAUGCCCGCACCCGUCCCACUGGGUGCGGGGCAGGGUACCUGGAACCAUAUCACAGGGCUGCACAUGUCUUACCUUGCUCAGCCCAUUGUCGGUGCGACUGGGGAAGUCGGUCUUGAGCUUCCCCACCGCCCUCCGCGCACCUGCAAUCCCUCCGUCUCCGCGGAGCCGCGCGAGCCGUCAGGAGCAGCCUCAGAUUGUUUCCCCUCUCCCCGCGACCGCGCGUCUCCCGCGGACGUUGUUCCGCCGCUUCCUGGUCAGCUCCACCGCCACGAGUCCGCGCCGUCCGCGCUUUCCGCCUCCGCCUGGUCCGCUCCGCGCGGAUUCCUCCGCCGCGACGCCGCGGAUUUGCGCUGGCAGCAACCCCGCUGGUGGAACGCGCUGACUGCGCUGACCGCGCGUAUCCGCUUAUCCGCUUUCGCGCGGGAUCUGGCGGAAGGGGAAGCGGAGGAAUCUGAGCAGGAGUUGGGUGCGGUGAAGAUGGGUGAACCGUGGGAUUGGCGGAAGGAAUUCGAGGAGGAGGAGCUAGCUUCGCAGCAAGUCGCGGGGGGAUCCGCGCUGCUGGGGCUCGGAUUAGGCGGACUUACUGGCGCAAUUGGCGGAAGCGGCGGAAUCGGCGGAGCUAGCGGUCCCCCCGGGCGGAGAAAGUCGUCGUGGCGGGACUUGGCGGAAGCUUUGGCGGAGGCGUCGCGGAAGGUGCAGGAGGAGGUGCGGGAGUUCCGCAGCAGGGGCGGGGCGGCGGGGGAUUUCUUCCGCGUGGGCAGCUGGCUCGCGCUCGCGGGGGCGGGCGGCGGAGAGGCGGACGAAUGGGUGAAGCGCAUGGGAAGCCAGGCAGCAGUGGUGGCGCUGCUGAAAGCGUCUAUGGAGCUCAUCACUCGCACCGUCACCACUGCUCCCCCUGCUACAGCUGAUACAGCCGCUACAGCUGCUACAGAAACCGGUAGAGCGUCAGACACUCAUGCUACAGCACCUGGGACCGCUUCCGGGACCAGGGGCAGAGCAGGGCGGGCGGCAGGGGGGGCGGCAGAGAGGCCAAUGCGGGCGGCAGAGGGGGCCGAUUCGGGCGGCAGUGAUGCGUCCACGUGGGUGCUAUUCAGCCUGGCGCGUCUAUGCGAGCCUCUAGAGAGUUUCAUGCGCUAUGAGUUGGCACAGCAGAAGGAGCGCGAAGGGAGGGAGCAGCAGGCUGGGGGGGGAGAGGCGGAUGGUGGGGGAAUGGACGGGUGGUUCUGGGGGAGGGCGUAUCCGGGGACGUUUGAGGCGCUGCUUACGAUGCUCACGCUGCUGCAUCGCUAUGCCAUCACUGCUGCUAUCCAGGACGUGCAGCUAUCCGCUAAAGCCUCUGGGCUGGACGACGGGCUACCCCACCCUCCUCAUGCCGCUCUCUCACCCACCGCCACGUCAGCAUCCCUGACGCCACGUGGCACAUCGGCAGCUGCCCACGUGGCAGGCGCCGCCAGGCUGGCGGACAGUGACAUGGCGCUGUUCCUGCUGCUGUUCCAGAUCAUCGGUGCCGUGCGCUUCUUCGCUCCCCCUGAGGCUGUUGGAUGCGCCGCCUUCUCAGUGUUGCUGGAAGACCAGGUGAGCAGCGGAGAGAGGGAGAUCAUCGGGGCUGUGCGCUUCUUUGCUCCACCGGAAGCUGUUGGCUGCGCCGCGUUCUCAGUUCUGCUGGAGGACCAGGGGCAGACGAGUCAAGUGAGAGCAGGUGAGCUUGUGGGUGGAGGGUUGAGUCGAGUUGUUGGCUGCGCCGCAUUCCAUGCUACUGGAGGAUCAGGUGGGUGGGGGAGGGUGGAGGGGCAGGUGGGCAGUCGAGGGCAGCUGCAUCAUCUGUUUGACCAUCUGUUGAGAGCAGCCGAAAUUGACGACGUGUAUCGCCACGCCGUGAGUGCGGGGCUGCGCGCCGAGUUGCCCUCACACUCCAAUCCCCACCCCCCCCACUCUGUCCCCCACUCCCGCCCCCCUUUCUGCCCAACCCACCCACCAGCUGCGCCAUCUUUGCGACACCUGUUUGACCACCUACUAAGAGCAGCCGACAUCGAUGACGUGUACCGUCACGCAGUGAGAGCGGGGCUGCGCGCCGAGUUCCUCUCGCACUUCGGGCAGCGCGCGGGCGGGCACCUGAACUUUCGCGUGCUGCCCGGCGAGCGCCGCUUCUGGGUGCAGCUGGUGGAGCGGCAGCUGCGGGCAGCUUUGGUUCGGGAGAAAAUUUUCGAGGAGUGGGGGGAGGGGGAGGGGGAGUGGGGAGGCGGGGGGGAGGGGGGAGGCGAGAGCUUGAAAGCUGAGCUGGCGGUUUUUGGAUUCUUUGUGGCUCUUGGGCGGGCGACACGGCUGUUCCUCCAAUCGGAGGGCGCCAGCGAGGCGGAUGAGGGGCUGGCAACAUUGCUGACUCUCUUCAAGUCUCGCCCCUCCCAGUCUCUUCAAGUCUCGCCCCUCCCAGUCUCUUCAAGUCGAGCCCCUCCCAGUCUCUUCAAGUCGAGCCCACUGUUUGGUAGCAAGCAGGGCCCUCGCUCGCUUCCCCUCUUCCGUUCUCCCCCCCUCCUAUCCCCCUUCCUGGUCUUUGAUCAAUCAUCUUCACCUUCCCAUGACUUUCUCUGUGCCCAAUCCCAUCCCUACCUCCUCCCCACCCGCCGUUCCCGUCUAAGGGCACAAUCACCUUGCUUUCCCUCAACUCUCCACCCAUCUCCCCCCUCCUUCCCCUCCUUCCCAUCCCCCCAUCUCCCCACCGCCCCCAGCCACUUCGAGGGCGCAAUCAUAUUCACCUUCCCCCAGCUGGACAACAUAUCCAUGUACCAGGGGCUCGUGGAGGUCCUGAGAGAAGAGCUCGCCUGGUUGCCGCUCCUCCCGCCCCUCUCCUCCAAGCGCCACCCUGACCUCGACCCCUCCUCCCUCUCGCCGCGCUCGGCGCAGCGGCAGCGGCACCGGCAGCGGAGGAGGCGGCGCAGACUGGUGGGUAAGGAGGUGUGCGGCAUGUGGGCGAGGGAUUGGGAGCGGCACUCGAGCUGGCUGCUGCAGCAGCCUGACUCGCGAGCUGCUGCUUUCAUGGCCCAGGGCAUGGUUCUUCUGGGGCUGUGCCUGGAGCCAUCAAGCAAGCACCAAGUGGCUGCAGAAGUACCAGGCGUGCUGGUCCCCUCUUCUGACUCUGAUUCUUCCAACGAGGCCGAGAGGCGGUUAGAGGGGUCGAGAGCGGUGGAGAUGGGCGAGAUGGAGGAGGUGGAGAGGGAGGCGAGGGAGAGGGAGGAGGCGCGGAGGCGGCUGGAGAAGGAACUGAGGGGGCUCAAGGUCAUGGAGAGGGAACUGAAGGCGCUGAACCAGGACUUUCUGUCUGUAGACGAGAUAGUGGAGAGGCUGAUGAGGGUGGUGGAAGCAGAGAGUGCUGGGCUUAGGGGAGAUGCUCCCUCUCACUCACACGCUCACUCCCACCCACACUCGCGUGCACACUCACACUCUCAUGCGCACACACACUCGCACUCACACUCACGUUCGGCUGCUGGGAAGGCAGUUGUGCUUGCGAGGGGUGGAGCGGACACAGCAGCAGCAAGAGAAGGGGCAGGGGAAGGAGCAGGGGAGAUGGUCGAGGGAGAGAGGUCAAAGGGAGAGGGAGAAGCAGGAGAGGGAGGAAGAGGGGGUGGAGAUGAAGGGAUUGGGGCAAGGUCGGGAGGAGGAGAUACAUCUGGGCCUACAGCAGCAGAGAAACACGCAGCACACUUGGUAGCAGCAGGGGCAGGUGGAGGCAAAGGGAAGGCAGCAGGGGCGGGGACGAGUGAGCGACUGGCGUUGGUGCGAGUGGAAUGGGAGAGGCUGGUGCGGGUGAGGGAGGAAAUUCGCGCUCUGGAGAGACGGCUGAAGAUGAAAGCAGCUGUUCAGGAAGAGAGGGUGCGACGGCAGCAGGAGGAGGUGGGGGAGAAGGUGAGCCGGCAGAGGAGGCAGGCAGCAGCACGUGAGAUGGAGGAGCGGAUGGAGCAGCAGCAGCAGCAGCAGCAGCAGCAGCAGCAGCAGCAGCAGCAGCAGCAGCAGCAGCAGCAGCAGCAGCAGCAGCAGCAGCAGCACCAGCAGCACCACCACGGACACCACAGCCACUAUCGCCUCUAUAGUUGCACUGCCGCUCCCGUCGCCACUGAUACUGCCCCUGCCGCCCCUGCCGCCCGCACCGGCCGCAGUUUUUUCUUCCAGCUGCCCGGGCAGGCUGCCCGGGAAGAUUCGUCGCUUCUUUCCAGAAUUGAGGGAGAGGAGGUGGAUGGGGAGGAGGAGAGGGGGGACGGUAGCAGAAGUAGGGGAGGGAGCACAGAGCCGAGAGGAGUAGCGGGGAGAAGGGGGGAGAUGGAAGAGAUGGAGAGGGAUAUGAGUGUGUCAGUGGGAGGUGGUGGUGCUGACAGGGCAGGUGAUGGAAAGGAAGCCAGGGGAGGUGUGGGAGUAUGGGGAGGAGCAGCAAUCCUGGCUGCUGGAGCAACAGGAGGAGCAAGAGGAUGGGGAGGAGAUGCGCAGGGGAGGCGAAUGGAGGAGUAUAAUGAUGAUGACUUCUCUCCCUUCCAGUCAUGCACGCCCACAUCAGCGCCAGCAACGGCUGCUGCUGGUGGCGGUGGUGGUGCUAGUGCUGCUGCCGGUAGCAGCGAGCCAGGCAAAAGAGAUGGAACUGCGGGGACUGGGAGGACUGAUUUGAUUCAGGCGCAGGCGCAGAUGCAAAGACAGCCACAUGUGCAGGCACAGUUGCAAGGGCGGGGGAUAGGGGAUGGGGGGGAUGGAGCAAAGGGAGGACCGGGAGGCCGGGGAGAGGAGGAGAGGAGGAGUGAAGCAGAGAGUGCCAACAGCUCGUGGGCGUUCAGAGAGGAGUUCUUUGACGGGAGUGCAUGGACAGGUGCGGCAGACGCAGAUGCAGGGGCGGGGUAUGGGUAUGGGGCUGGGGCUGGGGAUGGGAGGCAUGCGGCAGCGAGCAUGGGAGGGCUGGGAGCAGAGGCGAGUAGGCUGCAGCAGCUGAAGGUGCAGCUGAGGGAGCUCGAGGCACGGCUGCUGCAGCGAGGUGCUGACGUCGGUGCCGGUGCUGGUGCUGGUGCUGGUAGGGAGGGGGGAACUGGUGCUGGUGCUGGUCGGGAUGGCAAGGUGGGAAGGGAAGGAAAUGUGGGUGGCAGUGGUCCUGCUGCUCCUGGUGCUGCGGGUGCUGCUGCUGCUGCUGGCACGUCAGCAGCAGCAUCUCCCUCCAUGGAGCGUGAGGCGCCCACGCAAACGUCCCCUCCCAAGGCACCGUCCAUCUUCCACCGCCUCUUUCACUCCUCCUCCUGGACCCUCCCCUCCUCCGCCUCCUCCUCCGCUGCUGCUGCUGGGGAUGGUUCUGCUGCUGCUGCUGCUGCUGCUGCUGCUGGUGUUGCUCCCGCUGGGCCGGACGGCAGCAGCAGUGGGGGCCUGGACGAGUGGGAGGGGAGUGAUGUGACGAGCCGGGCGGGGGAGGGGGAGAGGCAGGAGAAGAGCGUGAUUGACCAGUCUCUGGAGCACAUUCGAGAAGGCGGUGCGGACGCAUGGAGAGGCACGCAGCUGCUGAGCACAGACGUGGCAGUGGCAAUGAAGAUGCUGCAGCGGGCAGCACUCGGGCAGCCCCUGACUGACCGGGAGGCCAAAGUUUUGAAGCGCACGCUGACUGACGUGGCAUCGGUGAUCCCCAUCGGCGUCCUCAUGCUCAUCCCGAUGACGCCUGUGGGGCACGCAGCAGUCCUAGCAGCCAUUCAGAGAUACGCCCCGCACCUUUUUCCCAGCUCAUACAACGAGGAUCGCCUCGAUGCAGCCCGCCGCCUGGAGCAGGUGCAAUCAUUCGCUUCGCUUCGCAAUGCAGCAGCAGCAGCCGCCGCCACUGCUUCCGCCUCCUCCUCCCAUUCCCCCUCUCGUGCCGCGACACUUGGCGGCACCGGAUUGGCUGGGAUGAUCUCCGCUGCUGUCACUGGUGCGGCCAAUGCAGGCAGUGCUGCUGCUGGCAGAUCACCCCAUGCCAUACCUCCUCUGUCUGCCUCGGCUGCUGCGGCAAUUUUGGCGCGAGAAGCGCAACCGGAAGCCAUAGUUCGGGUGCCGAAACAGCCUGAAGAGGUUGAGUCGCCUCCAGGCACACCCCCGAAUGAGGUGGAGCUUAAUGAUGGGGAGGAGGGGCAGGCUAUGAAGGUAAUGAAGCGGACUGCGGCACUUGAGGCAGAGUGUUUACCUUAA